AGUCAAUUCAAAAGAUUCAACUGAAAUUUGUAAAAAGCCGAAUUUAUUAAUAAACAAUUCUAAUUAAAAUAAAAAGUGAAGAAAAAAGUUCCUGUUAAAAAACGUUGAAGCAUUAAAAAGUCAAUUGAAACUUGUCAAAUAUUUGAACAUCACUAAACGGCAGCUUAUGAAACAUUAUUAAAAAAUAUGGAGCGAGCAAUUCUUCGUGAAAAUCGUGAAAGUAAUCAUUUUGAUUCGCAAUCACCAGUGAAAGCACAGAUAAAUAAUACAUCAGAAUCAGAAGAUAUCUCAAAUAUAGAUCCAUACGACACGACUAAAGAAAAUUACAAUCCUAAAUCUUUGAGUGAAAUCGCAUCGGAAAAAUCAGUCAUUAGCAGUCCAAGGUCGUUUGAUGGUAACACUAACAGUACAUCAACACCAAAGGUCGUUGGAAAGAAAGAUCUCUCUUCUGAUUACGAACUUGACAAAACAGUCAAUCUAAGUGAGUUCCAUGAAAUAUCAGAAAUUCAGUUGACAAUUGAUAAUUUAUUAACAUAUUCUGGCUUUAUUUUAGCACCUCAUUAUCCCCGGAACGAAGGUCAGAGAGCUAAAAACGAUUCAAAUUUAAGUUCUCUCUUAGCAGGAAUAAACAAUCUUGGGAUAAAUUCUUCUGAUCAAUCAGUUAUAAGUCGUGAAAAUCGUGGCAAUAACUUAACAUUCUCUGAUGAUGAAGAACAAUUUGUUGAAUGUGAAUCGUUUAAUGAUAAUAGCAAUCGCUUUGCCAACAACACCGUUGUGCAUGAUGAAAAGAACGAUUCAAAUAUUAAUAAAACUAUUAACAUCGAAAGUGAAAACAUCGCAGUUGUCACGUUGACGAAUGAUGAAAGCAAGGAAAAUAUUUCUCCAAAUGAUUUGAGUCACUCGAAUUCAAACGAGAAAGACAACGAAGAUGAAAUCAAUCCAACCACACCUCAACCGCAACAGUUUGACGAUGAUGUAUCAAUGAAGGAAGACAGCAGAUAUCUGCCGAUGAAAACUAAUGACAGAAAAUCUCUGGAACAAGCAACAUCACAAGCUAUUCAAGAAACUUCUGAGCAAAGCACAUCAAAUGUUGAAGCUACUAAACCCGUGGAGUCAGAAUUAAAUUCAGAUCAAACUUCAACUGCAAUUGAUGAGGAAGCGCAUUCAGAUGUCAACGAAGAAACAGUAAAACAUUCAAAACCUGAAAUUAAUGUGGAGCAAGCAACACCAGAAGUAAAGAAUGAAGAGAUUAAUCUUUCAAAACCUUCAUCGGAAAUCAGCAAUGAAGAAAUUAAAGAUUCAGAACCUGAAGUAUCCUUGGAAGAAACUUCACCGGGAACCAUUGAAGAAGAACCGAAACUCCCAGAAUCUGAAGUACAUGUUAAACAAACUUCGCCGGAAACCAAUAAAGAAGAAGUAAAAUUGCAAGAAUCUGAAGUAAUCGAAGAACAAACUUCACCGAUAGCCGGGAAAGAAGAAGUAAAAUUUCCAGAAUCUGAAGCAAAUGCUAAACAAACUUCACCGGAAAUCAAUAAAGAAGAAGCAAAACUGCCAGCAUCUGAUUCAAGUGUUGAACAAACUUCACCGGAAACUGAGAAAGAAGAAGUAAAAUUGUCAGAAUCUCAAGUGAGUGUUGAACAAACUUCACCAGAAAUCAAUAAAGAAAAAUCAAAACUCCCAGAAUCUGAGGUGAGUGUUGAACAAACUUCACCGGAAAUCAAUAAAGAAGAAACAAAACUUCCAGAAUCUGAAGUGAAUGUGGAAAAAGUAUCACCAGAAGAAAUUAAGUUUUCAGUUCCUUUACCCUCCGAAAAUGAUGAUAAAAUAAUCCCUAACGUAGAUGUACAAAACACUACUCCAAUUGGAGAAUGUCGUCAACAACCUCCCAGUGAAACUUCUUUCAAUAGCUCCCAAAACUCUUUUGAAAAGCUUGAGAAAUCAAUCGAAAUUCAAGUCGAACGUGAAAAUUUGUUGCAUCAAAAUGUUGUUCAAACUCCUCCAGACAAUGAAACAAACACGGAGAAAAGUUUUAAGAAAGAAGAAAGUCAGCAGCUCACUGAAGACGAUUCAGAAAUAAAACAAUUUCCUAACAUGAUAUCACCGGCUAUAGAAGGUAUUUUUGAAAAACCCAAGGAAACAAUUUUCGUGGAUAAAAUAGAGAAUCAAGUAGACGUCGAAUUCAAAAUGCCAACAAUGCCAAUAUUUUCCUCAAAACAAGAUGACUUCAAAUCCAGUAGCUCAUGUAAUUUUGGUGAUUCAGACUUUGAUUUUCUUCAAAACUUUGGAACAUCUGUGCAAGCUCGACUCUCCGUUCUGCAAAGAGAUUCUGUUCUCUUGAAGUUUGAUCCACUGUUAAAUCUUCCUGUGGUCAAAACACUAGAGCCGACAAAAGAGGAAGACGAUUAUAUUGCUGAUCUUGAGUUAAAUAUUCCAAAAAAAAUCCAAUACUCCCCCAAUAGCUCAGCUGCUUCAUAUUCAUCGUUCAACGAACAACCAACAAGACAGCUUCUGACAGAAGAAGAUGAGAUGAGUUUGAAUGUAGAUAUAAUGAAGGAUAAAACAACAGAACACGAAAGUUUCGAAUCAAAUCACAUUCAGUGCGAAGAAAGCAAAUUGAACUCUUAUAACGAAGACAACAGUACAAUUAAGAUGGCAGAUUUGGAAAAUAAAAUUAAAAAAGAAGCAGAAAUGCGAGAAGAAGCUCUUCUGAAGAGAAUUUCUGAGAAGGAUAAGCAAAUCGUCAAGAUGAAUGGCGUUGUUGAGGCUUAUGAAAAAGCAAUUUCGGAGCUGAUUGCAGAAAAAGAUAAGUUGGUGCAGUCUUACGAGAAGAAAUGUAGUGAUUUGAAGAAUGAUAGUGAGUUGAAUGCCAAUCAUUUAGCAUCGUUGGAAGCAACAUUUUCUGAUCUCCAUGCAAAAUACGAGAGAACCAAACAAAUUGCAACCGAGCUAAAAGAUCGUGAAGAAACCAUUCUACAAGAUAAAAAGACACUCAUCGACAGUCUGAAGAUGCAAGAAGCUCGUUAUGACAAAAUGAAGUCUCAUGCCAUGUCUCAAUUGGAAAUUGCUAACAAUUCUUUAGCUGACAUGAGUCGUACUCACCAAGCUGAAGUAACAAAAUUGAAAGCUCUUCUCAAAAAGGAGGAAAUAUCUCGAGCUUCAAUUAACGAGCAACUCAUACAGAAAGCGAAAGAAAAUUCCGAACUUGUCAAGAUAUGCGACGAGCUUAUCAAUGGAAGUCAACCUAGUUAAGUUCAUCAUCUUGAGCCGUUUUCACAUUAUUAUAUUUUUUUGUAUGCAAUGAAACUGAAGAAAAAAAAUAAUUUAAACUUUAUGUAUAUCAAUUUUUAAAGCCUUUUUCGAGUUAGUAUAAAAAUUUUAGUUGUCACUUAAGUCAUUUCUUAAAAUUUAAUAAAAGCAUAACAGCAUCUCUAAGAAAAAUUUAUAAUGACAUUCUCA